UGCAACCCCUCUUGGGUUCUAAGGAGCAAGACGGACACUGGCAGUUACCUGCUGAGCAGCAUUCGAACACAGACCAUUAUUUAAGGUAAAUGUGUCCAUAACCUUAUGGAGAGAAAGGACUUUGAAGCAUGGCUUGAUCGUAUUUCUGUUACGUUUCUCUCUCUGACGGACUUGCAGAAGAAUGAGACGCUGGACCAUCUGAUCGGCUUGAGCGGGGCGGCCCAGCUGAGGCAUCUCUCCAGUCACCUGGAAACGCUCCUCAAGCGGGAUUUCCUCAAACUGCUCCCGCUGGAACUCAGCUUCUAUUUGUUAAAAUGGCUCGACCCUCAGACCUUACUCACGUGUUGCCUCGUCUCGAAACAAUGGAACAAGGUCAUCAGUGCCUGCAUGGAAGUCUGGCAGACGGCGUGUAAGAACCUGGGCUGGCAGAUCGACGACGCGGUCCAGGAUGCGUUGCACUGGAAGAAAGUCUACUUGAAGGCCAUCUUAAGGAUGAAGCAGCUGGAGGACCACGAAGCCUUUGAGACCUCGUCCCUGAUCGGGCACAGCGCCAGGGUGUAUGCACUUUACUACAAAGAUGGACUUCUCUGUACAGGUUCGGACGACUUGUCUGCCAAGCUGUGGGAUGUGAGCACCGGGCAGUGCAUCUACGGGAUCCAGACCCACACCUGCGCCGCGGUGAAGUUCGACGAGCAGAAGCUCGUGACGGGCUCUUUCGACAACACGGUUGCCUGCUGGGAGUGGAGUUCGGGGGCCAAAACCCAGCACUUCCGAGGCCACACGGGAGCAGUUUUUAGCGUGGAUUACAAUGACGAUCUGGACCUGUUGGUCAGCGGCUCAGCAGAUUUCACCGUGAAAGUCUGGGCCUUGUCCACGGGAGUGUGUCUGAAUACGCUAACCGGACACACGGAAUGGGUCACAAAGGUGGUUUUGCAGAAAUGCAAAGUCAAAUCUCUGAUGCACAGCCCCGGGGAUUACAUCCUUUUAAGCGCAGAUAAAUACGAAAUCAAGAUCUGGCCGAUCGGAAGGGAAAUCAACUGCAAAUGCUUGAAGACCUUGACGGUCUCCGAGGAUCACAGCAUCUCCCUCCAGCCCCGCCUCCACUUUGACGGGAAGUAUGUCGUCUGCAGUUCGGCCAUCGGGCUGUACCAGUGGGACUUCGCCAGUUUCGAUAUCCUCAGGGUUAUCAAGCCCCCCGAAUUUGCAAACCUAUCCUUGCUGGGAUUCGGCGACAUCUUUGCCCUCCUGUUUGAUAACCACUACCUGUACAUCAUGGACUUGAGGACCGAGAAACUGAUCAGCCGUUGGCCACUCCCGGAGUACAGGAAGUCCAAGAGGGGGUCGAGCUUCCUGGCUGGAGAAAUGUCGUGGCUCAACGGCUUGGACGGUCAGAACGACAUGGGCUUGGUUUUUGCUACCAGCAUGCCGGACCACAGUAUCCAUCUGGUUUUGUGGAAGGAGCACGGCUGAUGCAGAGAAUGAGAGAUGGGAGGAGGAUGCGAUGUAGCUUUUUUAAAAAAAAAAAAGAA